GCGCGUUUGGAGCCAGUUCGAUGGGGUAUUGAUUUUUCCAAUUCUCGUUCUUGUAGCCUGUCAUUAGUUGCGGAAUCCACCGGUUUAGUUGUGGUUAUUUCUUUUUGGAGAUUUAAAAGUGCUUGGUGCAAGGGAUGGACGAGACGCGAGACCACAGGCUGCACUUGGCCCAAGAGAUGCGAGCACAGAACUUCGACUUGAUUAGAUUUGCCAGCUAUAGAACUGCCUGCAAGUUGAGGUUUAUACAGAAAAAAUUAAAUCUUCACCUUGUUGACAUUUGGAAUGUGAUAGAAGCAUUCAGAGAACAUUCUUUGAAUACUCUACAAAUUGAGACAGAGCUGAGCAUUUCAAGAUGUGAAAGCCUUGUUUCUUCACUUUAUGAGAACUUAAAUAAGAGAUUGCCUCCUUCUCACCAAGUUAUCAUUGAUCAGAACUCAUCUGCUCUUCUGAAUUGGUUGAUUUCAGCUUAUUCUUUGGAAAACACUGGACGGAUAAGAGUUUUUUCUAUCAAAGUUGCAUUGGCUACAAUGUGUGCCGGAAAACUGAUGGAUAAACUUAGAUAUGUUUUUUCACAAAUAUGUGAUGAAAAUGGAUAUUUGGUCAUAUCGAAGUUUUCUCUUUACUUAAGAACUGUUUUGUCACUCCCUGCUUGUGUCUAUGAAACUCCAUCAUUCCCAUACACAGAAGAGUUGUCUUCAACAAUGUUUUCAGGGAAUGGUAAAGUGACUGUUAAUGAUUUUUUGGACACCAUGAUGUCUGACCCAGGACCUCCUGUGAUGGUUUGGCUUCCAUUACUUCAUAGAAUGGCUUCAGUUGAAAAUGUCAUGCAUUCGACCCAGUGUGAUUCUUGUCUGAGGAAGGAAUAUACUGGCUUCAGGUACAAAUGUGUCAAAUGUAGUUCUUACACAAUGUGCCAAGACUGCUUCUGGACAGGUAGAGCCACUGGAGGGCAUAGCACAGAGCAUGCUGUCCGGGAAUAUAGCUCAUAUAAAUCUCCAAGUAAGCAGAUUGGCCAUAGUUUGAGGAAGUCAUUUCGUUGUGUGCCUGAUAAACCCAGGACUUCACUUCCAAGAUAUCCUGAUCAACCUGAAAAGACUUUGAACCUUUCACAUAUAGUACCUCCAUCUCCACUUCCUCCACAUAAUGGAUUUCCUGAUUACCCUUCUUAUGACAUGGGCUCUCUUGAUUCUCGAUCAACUGCACGGAGUCCUGGUAAGGGGAUUCAAAGUAUGCGGAUAGAUGAUGAGCAUCGUCUGAUAGCAAGGUAUGCUGCUCGUCUUGCACAAGAAGCUCAAGCAGGAAGGAGUCCUGUAGAAGGAAACCUAGGAUUAGAUAACUCUAGGGCACAGCGGGAAUUGAUACUUCAACUUGAAGCAAAAAAUAGAGAAAUCAUGCGUGAAAUCACUAGGCUUAGGAGACAACAGGAGACAGCUUUGAGCUUAGAAGAGAACCCAGCUUUGAUGUCUGAGUUGAGAGCACUGCGAAAACGGAAAGAAGAACUUGAAUCACAUUUGACUUCUCUUCAAGAUUCCAGGAGGCACCUUAUGCUUCAAUUAGAAGGACUCAUGAAGUUGUUGAAGAAUCAUCAGAAUUCUCCUAAGUCAACUCCUAAUACUUCUCCUAGAUCUAGUAAAUCGCCACCUCCAUCUUCCAGAUCAGCACCACCUACACCAACACCUAAUUCAGGUCUUGAUGGGAAUGAUAUUAGGACACCAUUCGGCGGUUCUUCUUGUCACCUUGUAUCAAAUUCAACAUCAACUAUGGGUGGCCGUAGUCUUUGUAAUGAUUUAUUAGAAGCUGCUGAUUCUGUGACUAAUGCAAUGUCCUCACUUGUUAGAGAACUGAAUUCUGGUUCAGACCAGGAUGAAACACCUAUUGAAGAUAGGUUCCAGAAAACAAUAGAUUUUGAAAACAGUGAAAAUGACUGGAAAGAAAGUGGAGGAUACAAUGGACAAGUUAUUACAAAAGAUCCCUUGAGCAACAAGGAAGAACAAGUUAACAAUCAUUCUCUAGCAAGAAGAUCCAGUGAAUCAGACUGGGACCAACUGAGAUGGUCCAACAGAUAAAUUUAAGUAUUAAAUUAGCUUAUAUAUGUGUAAUAUGAUGGCAUAAAUAAGUGGUUAUUUAUUUAUUUAUUACUUAAUGUAGCCCCUUCUCCAAUUUUCAUAUCCUUGGUUGUAGAUUGAUGAUACCAACUACCACACAUGUAUUAUGUAUGCAUCUUCUGAAUAUAUAUAUGGUAGGACCAUGGUCUAAGUUUAGUUUGUAAACAUCUCUUAUAAUAUCAAUUAGUUCAUUAAUAAUUGGUAGAUUAAAAAAUAUAUCAUAACCAAAUAAAAAUAAAUGCUUAGUAACUUCAGACAGUGGGGGAUCAUUGGCAAGUAUUAUUUAAAUAAUGUCAAUAGUUACAAAUACAUUUUCCACUUUUCUUUGGUUUCAAGAAUUUAUUAGUCUAUUAUAACUAAAAAUAUAAAGCCAAAUAAAUAUAAGUUGGAAUUGGCAAUAAUUAUGGGUAACAAUUAUAGGUUACUUUUUUGACAGUUUUUAAUUUAUCUAUACUUUAAUUAUUUAGUUUUACUGUCAAAUAUGCAUCACAUUUGUAGUUCAUCUAUAUGAAGAAAAGUUUUUUGUGAAUAUUUUCACUUUUAAUUAUUUAAAUAAUCAAGCCGGCUGAAAAUUUCUAAUUCUAGUAAUUAGCUCUGCUCCUGUAGGUGACAAUUACUGAAGAAAAAGGUCCUAUUAUAUAACUAAUUAUAGAGUCAGUUUAUGUUAAUGAAGAGUAAUAUUUUUUUAAUGAUCCACUAUUUUUUAUUAUUAUUAAUUUGAACUUGUUUAUUUGUUCUUUAUCCAAAUUUGUGGAACCUUGUAUGAAUUAAAUACCAUCAUGCACUGGCUAAAUUAAUUUUUACUUUCUAAAAUAUUAGUCCUAACCACCUAUUUAUCCACAAAAAAAAAAUUAAAUUUCCACCUAUUCAGGCUGUCAUGAUUACGCUGUAAAUCAGUUCAGUUGAUGUGUAAAUCUAUCAGAGCUUUUAUUGAUACUGUGUACUAUAGCUUUAGUUAAUAAGUCCCUUUGAUGUGAGAGCAUGAAGGGAAAGAGAGCUGUUUUUUAAUAUUUAUUUUAUUAUUUAUUGUUAUUAUUUUUUUAUGUGUUAUUAUUCUAAAAGAUUUAUAGAAAUAGUAAAGAAGGGAAGGUGGAUAUACAAAAAGAACAAAAUACUAUUCUGUGGAAAAAAGGUUUCUGUUUUCUGUAGCUAUACUGGUUUAGGGCACUCGCACUAUGUAAAUUUAUAGUCAAAUAUUAUGUCUGUUGGAGGGGUCAAGGUUCACACCUUUUGUCAAAAUAGGGUUUGGAAAAUUUUAUUGCUGUGAAAAUGACAAUAUUCACAGCCAAGAGAUCAUAGAAGAAAAAGUACAUUUGAAAGUUCUUUGUUUCUGAAUAAAUAUAUUGAUAUCCAUAAAAUAUCGAUGUAAUAAGAAAUUGUCAUAUUUUUUUUUUUUUUUUGUGACUGAAAAAUAUUUUUUGUAUUAUAUAGAUAUGUUGAGAAGGAGUUAGUCGGGGGUGCGGUCAAAUAAAUACUAAAUUAAAAUAUAUUAAUUAUUUUAAUUUUUGCCGACGUUUCGACCCACUUUGCAGGUCGUCUUCAGGGCGUAGGAUGUAGCACUGCGGGAGGCAGUUGAAACACUGGAGUGAAAUCCCCGACUAACUCCUCAUAUUAUAUCAACGGUCAACCAUCUUUACAUCAUUAUAUAGAUAUGGUUAUAUCCCCCAUGUAAAAUUUAAGCUUUAUAUAUUUAAAUAAUUAAAUUCAUUCUCCUUGCUUUUAUUAUUAUUAUAUAUGAACAUUUCAUGACUUUAUAAUAUCUGCAAAGAUGAUAAAACAUAAUGCAAAGAAUCAUUGAAAAAUAAAAAUCAUACACCUUCAAUAGUUUUAAUGUCCAUUAUAAAUAAUGAGGGGUAAAUUAUCUGCUAAAAUAUUUAAUAUAGGGUGUGUAUCCAGGAACCUUGAUUUCCUUGAAGAUUGGGAUUUGUACUUGAAUUUUUCGUGUCUGUAAAAAGUCGGAAAUUAUGCUUGAAAAACGGCCAGUCGUUGGGUAUUUUUAGUAUGUUGUCAAUUAAUUUUCUUUGUUCAUUAAAACUUAACAAAAACUGUAUAAAAUAUUGAAAAGAAGGUAUUAUCCAAUAAAAUUUUUGGAAUCCAAUCACACUAUUUUUAGUGUGAAUUUAAUUUUUUAAGCAAUGUGUUGACCAUUCUGUGUUAAAAGUUUGAUAACUAUUUUUCAUUAUCUAACAGGGUAGCAACUGUUUUCAGAAGCUGACCAAAUAAUUUUUUUUAUUUAAAUAUUAUCAAAUAAAUUAAUGAGAAGCGCCUAGAAUUUUUCAGUUGACAGUCUUGAGAUCCUUAAAUUAUACUUUAAUUUUUUCAUGCCACAUCACUGAACAUCCUGUAAUGGUACAGUUGGAAUUACUUAUAAAAACGAAAAAGACAAAAAGAGGAGGACUAACUCUGUUGAACAUAGGCAUAAAUUUACCUAGGAUACACAUCAAUCAAUGGAGAGAUUUCGCUAUCGGUAUUACUCCUGAAUCAGUUAUAAAACAUAUCUAUUCUAUUGAUAAAAAAUUUAGAUGCUAUUUAACAAGUUCAAAUCCUUCUUGCCAUCCUGCCCAUUGAAUAUGUUUUUGCUUCUAACAUAACAAUCAGCCACUAAAUGGAUUAGUCUAUUCUAUAUAAUUAGGUUUUCAUCCAAUCUAACACAAGGGCAUUCAACCUUUUUAUGACAGGUGCCACAACUGUACCUCCUGCUGAUUACCCUCAGACCUUUACAAUAAUAUCUAUUGGUAUAGGUGCUUAUUUUUAAAAAUAUUUUUCUUUUUGAAAUUUUUAUAUAAUAUCUUUGUAAUAAAAUAUAUAAACAGUGAUGGUAAUUUUGGUAACUAUAUAAAAAAUGUUGAUUCUAAAAUAACACAUUAUCCCAGAAUGAUAAUUUCAGGAAAACAAAACCAAAAUUUAAAAAAUUAGAAACCUUAAGUCUAAUUCCAGGCCAGCUGAGCCAAUCCCAAACCCACGGCAUGCCAUAUUGUGGAAUGUGUGACUUAGGUUGGCACCCCUGCUCUGACUCUAUCUAUCUUUCAUCAACACAUGUUAAGGAAUAAUCAUUUUUCUCAAAUCACCUAAAAACUCAUUAUUAUUCUUUAAUGAUUUCUCUGAUACCUUGAUUUCAUGCUAUCAAAGAUCCUUCAGCUCCUAAUUUCUUUAUUUACCCUUUUCCCUCUAUUUUGACUGUUUCCUGAUUUUCAGGUGGUGUAAAAUAACCUUGUAACUUCACAUAUUUAUUGUUAAACAUUUCAUUACAUUGUACUCUAAAUGAUAUUUAUUUAAAUUAAACUGCUUGAGGUGUUUGUUCACUGUACAUAUAAACAUACGCAGUUUAAUUAAACAUUUGUAAAGUACUGAAGUUACCCUUUGUGACAUCAAAAUUGUAAAGAAUCUGUUGCUAUUGACAGAUACCACAUGUGUAAUUAAUAUUACUGUACACAAAAUUUAUAUUUUUACAAUUUUUAGUGUAAUUCUUCAAUUUUUGUCUGUUUCUCAAUUUAGCAAUAUGCACCUUUUUUUAUAAUUGUGUUAUCUACAAUAUUUCAAAAUUUUGAUUCAAUAUCAUGAAUAUCAAAUAAAGAAUGAUGUUUCAAAUAGUAAUAUAAUGUAUAUUUUUCUCUUCCUUUAAUUUAUUUUAGUUGAGGAACUGGAUUACUGUAUAUCUUAUUUUUUGUAUUAUAAUGCAGAGCUUAUGAACAAAAAACAAAAUCCAUAUAUACCAGAGCCCACCUGCUUAAACAUUUUUUACCCGGUAUAAAUCUGCUUUAAUUUGAAAAUAAUUUUGAUAUUGAUAUUUGUGAUAUAAUUUUUAAGGCCAUUAUUUGCUUUAUAACUGUAGCAUCAGUUGAGUUUUAAGUUUAAAUAUUUUCCAAUAAAUUUUGAAGAAUGAAGCCAAUGUUUUUUUGUUUUUUUUUAAGUUAAAUUAUUCUCCUAUAUUGUAAUUAGUUGUUAAUAUAUAAUAAAAUAUUUUUAAAAGUAUAACAUGAAUAUUACAUAUUUGUUUUACUUUUAUUCCUUUAAGAAAUAAAAACAACAAAACCUGUGAUGAUUAAUUGAUAUUUUCUAUUAUUUAAUACUGCUGUGUUCUCGAAGUAGAAAGCUUUUAGAAUUAAUGAUCUCUUUAUUAAAAAUAUUCAAACAAAAUGUAUUCAUUAACAUUACAAAAUAUGCUUAAUACAUAUUUUUAAUAUGUUCAAUUGAUAGCUAUGAUUAACAUAAGUUUUAUAUUUUCAUUUACAUCUUUCUAUAUUUAAUUUGUUUCAUAUAUUCAGUGAAUUCUGAAUUUAAUGUCAAUAGAUGUAAUAAAGCUUUAAUGAUGAUUUUAUAAUACAAUUUCUUAUGGCUCUUCUCGGGUUUGUGAAAUGUUCUUAUACUUAUUGUGACUUUUUGUAUAAUUAAUUGUCAAUUGAGUAACUCUAUUUGUCUCUGUAAAGGUCAGGUAAAGCGUUCAGUAUUUACUUAAUUAAAUAUGUUGCAGUAUUAUUUUAUAUGUAAAUAACUGAAUUUUAUAUGUAAAAAUAUGUAAAUUAUUUUUAUUUUUAAGUAUAAUAAUCUUUAAGGAGUCU